UUCGGGGCUAGAGUCGGGUCGUCGUCGUCGUCGUCGUCGUCUUGCUAUCUAUCUCCAGCAUCAGCUUUACGUUUGGGCUAUCGGGAGGCGCUGCUUGCGUUCGCGUAGACCUUGCGCGUCUGCUUCGUCUAUCCGUCUUUUAUUUGCCGAAAGAGAACUGGAAACUCGAGAGGAGGGAGGCGGCACGAGGGAGAGGGAGAGGGAGGGGAGGGAGGGGAGGGGAGGAGGGAGGGGGCCGGGGGGCGGAGAGAGAGAUAUUAGAGCAGCGAGGGUCGUUGUCGAGCGCGAAGGAGGAGGAGGAGGAGGAGGAGGGCGGAGGAACGAAGAGGACGCGGAGCGAGGGCGGACGGGAGGAAGAGAGCGAGGAAGCCAUGCCAUAUGUGCCUCCACACAUCCGGGCGGCGGCAGCUGGCGCCCCAGGAGGUGGAAGAGAUUCGGGCGGAGGGAGGGAGAACGGGGGAUCGCAAGAUUACGGAGGUGGAAAGGAGUAUGGUGGCAGUUUUGGUAGCAAUAGAAGUGGUGGUAGGGACUCGAAUGGAUUCGGAAACGGGUAUGGCAGAGAUGGAUCGCUGAGACGAGGGGAAUCUCGGGGAGUGGCUCUUCCCGAAGUCGUUUGGCCCAAAUGGCAGCCCUCCGAACGCAUCAGACGACUCCAAGAGGAUCAGGUCGCAGAUGUCAGGGUUCGCUUGAAUGUGGACGUGGAGAUCACACCUGGAACGGGAGUAGCACCAGCACCGGUCGAGUCGUUCGAAGACAUGUGUCUUCAUCAAAGCAUAAUGAAAGACAUUGCUUUUCACGAAUAUACAACACCCACUCCAAUCCAAGCCCAAGCGAUGCCCGUUGCUCUCUCAGGAAGAGACUUAUUGGGAUGUGCUGAGACUGGAAGUGGAAAAACAGCUGCGUUUGCCCUGCCCAUGAUACAGCACUGCCUAGCACAGCCUCAAGUCAGGCACGGAGACGGGCCUUUAGCUUUGGUGCUUGCGCCUACAAGGGAGCUCGCCCAACAAAUUGAAAAGGAGGUGAAGGCGUUCAGCCGCUCUGCAGAUGGCUUCCGAACUGCCAUUGUUGUCGGAGGUACCAACAUCGGAGAACAGAGAUCGGAGCUUCGAUCAGGCGUCGAAGUGGUUGUUGCCACACCAGGAAGGUUUAUUGAUCAUCUUCAACAAAAAAACAGUUCUUUGACGAGGGUGUCCUAUGUGGUGUUAGAUGAGGCUGACAGGAUGUUGGACAUGGGUUUUGAACCUCAGAUCAGAGAGGUCAUGCGGAGCCUCCCGAAGAAACAUCAAACUCUGCUUUUUAGUGCAACUAUGCCAGUAGAAAUUGAGACACUUGCUCAGGAAUACCUUACCAGCCCCGUACGAGUGAAAGUUGGAAGAGUCAGCAGCCCUACAGCCAAUGUCACUCAGACCCUUGAGAAAGUUGGAGAGAAAGAAAAGAUUGAUCACUUGCUGUCUCUUCUCGUUGAUGAGAUUUCACAGUCAGAGAAAGCGGGACAACCACCUCCACUCACAAUUGUCUUUGUGGAGCGGAAGGCAAGAUGUGAUGAGGUAUCUGAUGCCCUUGUGGAACAAGGGUUAAAAGCUACUGCUCUUCAUGGAGGACGUAGUCAAAAUGAAAGAGAAGCAGCUCUACGGGAUUUCAGGAAAUGUGUUACCAGUAUCUUGGUUGCCACCGACGUAGCGUCGCGAGGUCUGGAUGUGACUGGAGUUGCGCACGUUGUUAACUUAGACCUUCCUAAGACCAUGGAAGAUUAUGUCCACCGGAUCGGAAGAACAGGUCGAGCUGGGGCUUCAGGACGAGCCACAUCUUUCUACACUGAUCGUGAUGCUUUUUUAGUGGCUCAAAUUCGAAGGGCAAUAACAGAAGCUGAAUCAGGAAAUACGAUGGCAUUCGCUACUGGAAAGGCUGCCAGGAAGAAGGAGCGGGAGGAAGCAGCCGCUUUCCGAGAAGGAAGGGUCGCACCGACUGGAGUUGCUCAAAUAGGUGCUACCACCGUACGUGUAGAUGACAAGUACAAGCAUAUGUUGGUACCCCAGGUAGACCCGAAGAAGGGUGAGGGUGCUGCAGAUGAUGCUUGGGAUGAUUAAAUUGAUCUGCUGGUACCUAGAGAGGCUAAAGCGGGAGGGAGUUUCAGUUGCUCUUUGUAACUUGUAGUGAAUUCUUAGAAUUCAGUAUUUUUCGAGUAAGGAUCGAUCAUACGGGGAUUAGAGGAUGUGGCAGAGGUGUAAAGCCCGAGAAGCGUUCAAUCUGUGUAUUUAGCCGUGAAAAGCUGCAAUUAUAUCUUCAAGAUCUCUUUGAUCGCUUUCAUUGGAGCUUGUUCUAGUUUUGUAAAUGAUCUGUACUUCAAACAAGGAGCAGUGAGGAGAUUAUUAAUCAUAUUUCAUGCCUAGUUUUACAUGGGUAGGAUUGUCACCUCAACGAACGUUUGUCAGUUAAGCCGGGUGUGUGGUUUUCAAUCGCACAUACCCUGCCGAUUGGCCUGGACUUGGCAGUUGUAAAGCAAUUUUUCGAGUUCCAGUCAAUCUAUGACUCAUCAAGCUGUUAAAUGCAGUACCAGCAUGUCGGAGGAAAUCGUGCAGUGAACCUUCCUCGACUCCACCGUUAGAUGUUGUCUUUCUGGGUCUCUUCUGGGGUAUUUUAAGCGAGUGAGGAGUUUUACAUAACGGAAAUUGCAGCCGUCGGGCGGUUACAUAGAGAAAUGUGAUGUAUUUGCGCAUCAGUAUGUGUCGAGAGUUUGCUGCCAUUCAUAAUCUACGCACGCCGACUUUUGAGUGACUCUAUUCUUGUGUCAACUUUUUCAUGUGGCCAAUACCCUGUCCUAACUAUAUGUGUCAUUGGUACUCGUAAUCUGGUUUACUUCUUCAUUCUUGCCCUAUUCCACAAUGUGGUGAAUAUUUAUGCUUGGAAGAACUUGCUUUUGUACUACGCUCCACCUCGACUAUAUUCGGAGAAGGUGCUGCUGCUCCACAACGACCUGACGCGCUGGAGUUACUGUCGCCGUAUGGGUCUCGUUCAAAGCUGUGGGUCUGUCAUCCGCACGUCGACAGUUCAGCGGUGAGCAGGAUACUUAUACAAGGACGAUUAAGUUGAGUUUAUUUUAAUCUGUCAAGUACAUGCAUUGUUUACAUGGAUGAAUGUUGCAUCGCCACAGGAGAGGAGGGGACUAGGCAAUCCCCUCCUCUC